AUGGCGUCCGUAAACGGUGUGCAGACAAACAUACCCAUCAACACAGCCGACAACUGGAAGCCCGAUUCCUGGAGAUCCAAGCCCAUCAAACAAUGUCCCGAGUACCCGGACAUCAAGGCAUUGCACAAGGCAACAGCCGAGCUUGAUCAGCUGCCCCCGAUCGUUCACCCCCACGAGAUUGAGAAGCUCAAGCAGUCGCUUAAGGAAGUCGCCGAGGGAAAAGCCUUUCUGCUGCAAGGUGGUGACUGUGCCGAGCUCUUCGAUUACUGCCGCCAGGAUGCCAUUGAGUCCAAGCUGAAGCUCCUGCUGCAAAUGAGUCUGGUGUUGAUUCGAGGUACCAACAGAAAGGUCGUGAGAAUUGGACGCAUGGCUGGCCAGUAUGCCAAACCCAGGUCCAGCCCCAUGGAGACAGUCGACGGAAAGCAGGUGCCGUCCUUCAGAGGAGACAUUCUGAACGGAUUCGACCUCAGCGAGAGAGAGUUGGACCCUCAGAGACUAGUCAAGGCCUACAGCUACUCGGCAGCAACGCUGAACUGCAUCAGGGCAGCAAUCUCUUCCGGCAUCGCUGAUUUGCACCGGCCUAUGAAUUGGGAGCUCGGCCACGUUCAGGACGAGAGGCUCAAGGCCAAGUACUCCGAGUCCGUCGGCUUCCUCACCGAGGCCCUCCGCUUCAUGCGCACCAUUGGCGCCGACAAGGCCAGGAACCUCGAGACGGUGGACAUUUAUACCAGUCACGAAGGCCUCCUGCUCGAGUACGAGCAGAGCCUCACCCGGCUGCUGGCCGUCCCGCGGUACCCGGCCGAGGGCGAGACGCAAAAGUUUGAGUACUACGACACCUCGGCACAUUUUAUCUGGAUCGGCGACCGCACGCGCCAGAUUGACCACGCCCACGUCGAGUUCAUCCGCGGCAUCGCCAACCCCAUUGGCGUCAAGGUCGGCCCCACGACGCCCACGUCGGACCUGCUGGAGCUCCUGCGCACCAUCAACCCGUCCCGCGAGGUCGGCAAGGUGACGCUCAUUACGCGCUACGGCGCCGCCAAGGUGCGCGAGCUGCUGCCGGCGCACAUUCGCGCCGUCGAGAGCAGCGAGUACCGCGGCACCGUCAUCUGGCAGUGCGACCCCAUGCACGGCAACACGCGCUCCGUCAGCUCGGGUAUCAAGACGCGCCGCUUCGACGACAUCUUUAGCGAGCUGCAGGAGACGCUGGCCGUCCACAAGGAGGAGGGCAGCUACCUAGGCGGCAUGCACCUCGAGCUCACGGGUGACGCCGUCACCGAGUGCAUGGGCGGCAGCCAGAACCUCGACGAGGGCGACCUGUCGACCAACUACACCAGCCACUGUGACCCGCGACUAAACGAGAAGCAGGCCCUCGAGAUGGCCUUCCUCGUUGCGGACCACUACCUUGAGGAGAGAAAGGUAGACGGCACGGUCCAGGACCAGCAAUAA